CCCACGGGGCCCACUGCCUCCUCCUCUGGUGUGGUGCUGCUGGCACACAAGGGCUCCAGGAAUGGGGAGUGCCAACCAGCACGGGGCAGAGCUGGGCUGGUGCCGUGUCAUAAUGGGCAGCUGCCAGCACUGGCCACGCUGUCACCGCGUCGCCGUGGCCACGUCUAUGACACGGCCACCCGGGAGGGUUCUGCAGCAGUGCCCAGUGCUGGGUCCUGCAUCCUGAAGGAGCAUCUGACAGAGAGCAGACGCAUCUGGAAGGGAUGAGUUCCCACGUGGCUGUUGCCAACGCGGAGCGCCCUGCUGCGGUGAAGCGGGCCAAGAUGAGAUUCUGGCAGGAUGGCCCUGCUCCACAGCGUGACUACAAAACGCCAGAGGUCACCGCCAAAGAGCGACUUGCUGUCUGGGAUGCGGUGGCCACGCACAUACAAGAGCAGCUCCUGCUACGCAAGGGGGUCCGAGUUCCCACCUUCGGUUCCUUCAGCAUUGUCUCUGAACGGAUCAGAGGGAAAGGAAACAUGACCAUGCAGUGGCCUGUGUUUCACCUGGCCAAGAACCUUGCGAGCAUCCAUGACCAGAUGAACGAGGAAUACCCGCCAGGCCUCAAUAAAAUGGAGACCCUCAAAUACGCUGAUGUGGCUGAGGCCGCAUCUGUGAGCUGGCAGACUGGGAAGGCCUGCAUAUUGGGCACCACAACGCUCGUCUCCCAGUGCCUGAGGAAGGGGGAGGACAUCGCCUUUGUCCUGAAGGACAUCGGAGUGCUCCUCAUCGAGAGAGCGAGGGUCCAAAUGAAGUUCUACUAUGACUUCCUUGAGAAGAUCUGCGGGAAAGAGAAACUCGAGAAGGUUGUUUUCAAGGCGCCCUGGCUGCUGGACAUGGUGGUGACCCCGGUGACAGCGGUUGCCUCCCUGACACUCUCUGGCCGAGUCGUCGUCUUUCCGGCAUUGAGGACAGCCCUUGGUACUGGGGCUGUGGACACUGGGGAGGUGCGGCUUUUAGGCAAGGUGACCGUCUGCCUGUGA